CCGAUCCCGCGUGGUCCAGGCUCGUCCGGUGGUGGUGGUGGUGGAGGUGGGGGCCGUCUGAGUGCAGCUCAACCUUCACGCGGGUCAGAAGGAGGAAAAAUCUGCAGUAUGAACAGAAACCGUGUAAACAGCAGCCUGAUCCAGUUCCCCUUCUUCUCCACUUCCAGACCGGAUCUUCCAGAACUUUUCCCCCUUAGACUGGAUAUCUAGAGACCUCUCCGUCCAUUUGGGAGUUUUCUUUUCUUUUCUUUUUUUCUUUUAUGUUUUAUAAAUGGUAGAAUGUCAUCUUUGCAAGGGACUCUGCCGCGGAUGAUGCGCCCUGCUCCCGGACAGAACUACGGCCGCUCCGGGUUUCCUCUGGAAGACCCUCCGCUGAGUGUGACCUUGCUGUCCUCCACAGUGUCCACUCCUCUGGGGCAGGGACGGGUCAACCAGCUCGGAGGUGUCUUCAUCAACGGCCGCCCGCUGCCCAAUCACAUCAGACACAAGAUCGUGGAGAUGGCGCACCACGGGGUCCGGCCCUGCGUCAUCUCGCGGCAGCUGCGGGUCUCCCACGGCUGCGUCUCCAAGAUCCUCUGCCGCUACCAGGAGACGGGCUCCAUCCGGCCCGGAGCGAUCGGUGGCAGCAAACCCAGGCAGGUCGCCACUCUGGAUGUGGAGAAGCGGAUAGAGGAGUACAAGCGGGACAACCCCGGCAUGUUCAGCUGGGAGAUCCGGGAUAAGCUGCUGAAGGAUGGCGUGUGUGACAGAAGCACGGUCCCUUCAGGUGAGGCCUCUUCUGUGAGCUCCAUCAGUCGUGUCCUCCGAGCUCGAUUUGGGAAAAAAGACGAAGAGGACGAAUGUGAGAAGAAGGAUGAAGACGGAGAAAAGAAAACCAAACACAGCAUCGACGGCAUCCUCUCCGACAAAGGUAGCCGGAUGGACGACAUGUCAGAUGUGGAAUCAGAACCGGACCUUCCCCUGAAGAGGAAGCAGCGAAGGAGUCGGACGACCUUCACAGCAGAGCAGCUGGAGGAGCUGGAGAAGGCUUUUGAAAGAACGCACUACCCAGACAUAUACACCAGAGAGGAGCUAGCCCAGCGGACCAAACUAACCGAGGCCAGAGUCCAGGUGUGGUUUAGCAAUCGAAGAGCCAGGUGGCGAAAACAAGCAGGUGCCAAUCAGCUAGCAACAUUCAACCACCUGCUGCCCAGUGGAUUUCCUCCCACAGGGAUGCCAGCCCUUCCCACGUACCAGCUGCCAGAGACCAGCUACCCCACCCUGUCCCAAGACGUUGGUGGUACAGUUCAUCGCCCCCAGCCGCUACCUCCGUCCACCAUGCACCAGGGUGGUUUAUCCAGUUCUGACAGCAGCUCUGCCUACGGUCUGGCCUCCAACCGCCAUGGCUUCUCCAGCUACACCGACACCUUCAUGAGCUCUGCAGCACCCAGCAACCACGUCAACCCCGUCAGCAAUGGACUUUCUCCACAGGUUAUGAGCAUCCUGAGUAACCCCAGCAGUGUUUCCUCACAGCCACAACAUGACUUCUCAGUGUCACCGCUCCAAAACACAUUGGACUCUUCUUCAUCCAACAGCAUCUCAGCAAGCUGCAGCCAGCGUUCAGCUGAAGCCUCCAUCAAGAUGGUGGACAGCCUUCCCUCUUCCCAGUCUUACUGCCCCCCCACGUACAGCACUACCAGCUACAGCAUGGACCCAGCUGUGGCAGCUGCCGGCUACCAGUACAGUCAGUAUGGCCAGACUGCUGUGGAUUACUUGGCAAAGAACGUCAGCCUCUCCAACCAGCGCAGGAUGAAGCUGGCCGACCACUCAGCUGUUCUGGGACUGCUGCAAGUCGAGACGGGCCAAGCCUACUAGUACAUGACACAUCAUGAGACCUAGUCACCAGCACAACCCAUACCUCCUGCUACAAUACAGAUCUCACAGCGAGGAUGUAAAUGUGUGUGAGUGUGAGUGUGUAUGUGUGGUUGUCAUGGCGUCACCAUAUGUGAGGCUGAUAUUUAGCUUUUUUAAAGGUCCCAUAUUAUAACAAUGUCUCUGUCCCCAGAAUGUGGCUUUCUAGUGUCCACAGAAGAAUACCAGUGUUUGUUCAUCGGUGUGCAACUGUUUCUUAGGUUUGUUCUCUUAUUCUAAAUCAGUAAUGUAAUACCUGCCAGUAAUUUUCCAAUAAUAUAAUAACAUUUAACCAAUAAUGCGAUAAGCCUUUAUGUUACUGGUUAGUGGCAUGAAUAAAAAUCCUUAGAACUGCAGUUGACAGUGUAAUAAUACACAAAUAAGACUGCAUUCCUCAGAAAUACAAAACUCUUUCAGCUGCUGUUUUAAGUUCUGGCAAAUCAAUGAGCCGGAUUUUCUUCCUUCUUGUCCAGUGGAUGUUUUGAACAACUUCGCCCCCUAGUGAGCAGAUGUUGUAAUUGCAUGAUGUCCAGAUGGUUUGGUCCGCUUGAGUUAAGUGCAGUGUGAAAGCAAACCAAACCAAAGGGAGGCAGGACAUUUCUCUACACUGAAUCCCAGACCACCCUGGUGUGAAAAAUCCUUUAGCUGCCAGUGUGUGGGGGUUGGUGCUUGCUAAAUUUGCUAACCUGUAGGGGUUGGUCAUGCUAACUCUGCUAACGUGGGGAGUUGGUGCUUGCUAACUCUGGUUGAUUGAGUAUCAUAACAAAGAACUUACGCUGUUCAAAUCAUCGCAGCUGGCUGCUUUUUUCUUCACCCUGUCCAGCUGAGUGAUGUCUAACAGCUAUUGCUGGCUUGUUUAGUUGGAGAAACAGCCUAGCUAGUUUUUUUUUCUUAAGCUUUGUCUGACAUUGAAUGGGAUAAUAUAUUGUUACAGCAUGAAAAUGUGGAUGAAGGGAAAUAUUUCUGACUUUAGUAGAGAGGAAAGACACAGAUCAUACGGAGACAGACCCCAGACCCAGUAUCAGCAGCCCGACAGCUCCCAACAUGGAGAUAGCCACACCAGGACCCAGUCUAUCACCACCAGACAGUAGACCAGAACUGAUUCCCCUACUACCACAUCAGGAUCCACAUACUGAACCCAGAACAACCAACUUAGCUUCUGUGGACCUUUUUGAACUUGUUGCAAAUAUUUCCACCUAGUGAUACAGAUUAUUAAUGUAAAGAUGUUUUAUUUCUUAUGUCCCCAAUGUGACCAUGGUUAUCACAGCAGUGAUAGAGUUAUGAACCCCCCUGAUAAAGUCUGGCCCCCCCAUGUACAAAGGUCUAGCACCGCCUCUGAUCUAGUUGAAUAGUGGUCUGAAAUGAUAGGUGAGUAUUACAUUUCCAAAUGUUACGUUUUUUUUUUUCAGACUUCAGUUUACAGAAGUCAACUUUUUCACGAUAUGGGACCUUUAAACUUUAUCUUUUGUUGCUGGUUCUCUAAGGUUGACGACUGAAUUAUGCAGCUUUCUAAGCUUUAAACAUUCCUCAGUGGGACCAACCAAAUCCAUAUGAAUUUGAAGGGUCAGGAAUAUUAUUGCUCAGUGUUUUUGCACCAAACUUUGUAAGCAGAGUAAUUAUGUCUAAUUUUAUGGUGAUGUAUGAGAACCUUAAUCCAAUCAGUUGAGUGUAACUUCAUGUUAAAGAUGAUGCCAUGAACUGGAACCAAGGAACUUGAAUUUAAUAAGUUCAUUUGCAUUCCUCUCCAUUUAUGGAAGUUACCAAUGUUUCAUAGUUAAAUAAAACUCAUGUAAUUCAUCCGCAGCCAUUAAGUGCUGGCUGUGUGUAACCUUCUACCUUCUGUAAAUAUGUUUUUCACAGCAAACCAAACCAAGGUGAACAUAAAGGAUAAAGAACUACACACAAACACACACAACUAAACCACUUUACUAUUUCUACUUUUUCCAUUCUGUCCUCCCCCCACUCCUAAAGUUUGUUUUGUUGGAAGAAAUUUGAAAGUUUUGCAUGUGUGUAUGUGAUGACAGCAUAAUUUAUUACGUAUUAGUCUAGUAAAAAAAUUGUAUUGACAUUUAUUCCCCUCGGCUUCUUGAUGUGCAUAACAGUUGUGUGAUUAUCUUUUCAUUAAAGCUCUACAAGUGGACCAAACCCA